AUGUCAGUUAAUCCAUCAUCACAACGAGCCCUAAUGCCUCGUCAAUUGAAUGGCGGUGAUUUAAUAGCUACAACUCCGACAUUGUUAAUGGUCAAACCGCCAAAGAAGACUCCUCCGACAUUGUUAAUAGUCAAACGUCAUUAUCCACCGCCAAAGAAGACUCCUCCGCCCACCCCAACAUUAUCGCCUCAAAUUACACCUACACCUUCAGCAAUAUUGACGACAACGAGCAAUACUUCAAUAGCUCCUACAAGUACCGUAUCGACUUCGUCAAAUGUAAGCACACCGUCCGCUAAAACCAGCAGCAUUCUCAGCAAACCAGCUGCAGUAACUGGAAUCGCUAUCGCGGUGGCCAUUGUCGGAAUAGGAAUCGGUUGGUUAGGCUGUAUCUUUUAUACAAGACGAAAACGCGGCCCUGGAGGAGCCACGCAGGAUCGCGGCUUAUCCGAGUGGAAAAGAGCAAGUAUUGUAUUCGAUGCGGCACUCUUGCGUCUCCCGAGAUUCUUCUUUGAAGAGGAAGAAGACGAAGAACUAACGAACAAUAAUACAGUGAGUAACAGCAAUGUUUCGGAUUCGGGUUCUGCCGAUGGUGAGAAUGUGUCACCACCUAUACAAGCACCUCCUCGUGUUCGCUGGGCUGAUCCAGGAUAA